AUGUUCACAUUCACGCCACUCCUGGGCGCGCAGUCGUCGUCAUCCAAAGCAUCACAGUCAAUUCUAGAGCUUGAUGGCGGUAUCAAGAUAUUGGUCGAUGUCGGUUGGGAUGAUAGCUUUGACAUUCGUGAUCUUGCGGAGCUAGAAAAACAAAUUCCGACUCUAUCCCUCAUUCUUUUGACUCACGCAACCCCGGCACACAUCGGCGCUUUCGUCCACUGCUGCAAGACGUUCCCUCUCUUCACACAGAUUCCUAUAUAUGCUACGGGUCCGGUUGUCGCCUUUGGACGUACGAAUCUACAAGACCUUUAUGCCUCGGCGCCACUCGCUGCUACAUUCCUGCCUCAAGAGUCUAUCUCAGAGUCUGGCGCAAAUGCUGCCACGUCCGGGGUAGCCCUAACAAGAAAUGGAAAUGGAACCGCCGAAGCUGCUGGCAGCACCGGCCGGAUUCUGCUUCAGCCGCCUACCGCGGAAGAGAUUGCCCGGUAUUUCUCGCUCAUCACACCUCUUAAAUACUCGCAACCACAUCAACCCCAUCCGUCUCCCUUCUCGCCGCCUUUGGACGGCCUCACUCUUACUGCUUACAAUGCCGGCCACACAGUCGGUGGAACAAUAUGGCAUAUUCAGCAUGGCAUGGAAUCUAUUGUAUACGCGGUGGACUGGAACCAGGCACGUGAGAGCGUGGUAGCAGGUGCCGCAUGGUUUGGAGGAUCUGGGGCCAGUGGAACGGAAGUCAUUGAACAAUUGCGCAAACCAACAGCUCUUAUUUGUAGCUCAAAGGGAGGCGAUAAAUUCUCGCUUUCCGGAGGGCGCAGAAAGAGGGAUGAUCUGCUUCUCGAAAUGAUUCGGAAUACCUUGGCAAAAGGGGGUACCGUCCUUAUCCCAACAGACACGAGUUCUCGUGUUUUGGAGUUGGCAUAUGCGCUAGAGCAUGCUUGGCGUGAUGCUGUAGCAAGCGAAAAAGAGGAUGUGCUUCAAAGUGCAGGUCUUUAUCUGGCUGGCAGGAAGGUCAAUACCACGAUGCGCCUCGCUCGGAGUAUGCUCGAAUGGAUGGACGAAAAUAUUGUUCGCGAAUUCGAAGCUGCCGAGGGUGCAGAUGCAACUGCAGGCCAACAAUCUGGUGUCCAGGGACAAGACAAAGGCGCCUCUAAGGGUGGCGGCGGUCCCUUCACAUUCAAGCAUCUUAAAACUAUCGAGCGGAAAAACCGACUUGAGAAACUCCUGUCAGACCAGGGCCCAAAAGUGAUUAUUGCCUCUGACACUUCAUUGGCUUGGGGCUUUGCGAAAGAAUCCCUGCGAAAAAAUUGCCGAGGGACCCAACAACUUGUUGUUGCUGACGGAAUCCUUCCUGGUAUGAAGAGCGGAGAGAUGGCGUUGCGCUGGAGAAAACAUCGGACGGCGAAAUGCUGGAACAAGUCCACAGUGGUGGACGGGAGUUGGAUUGGGCGGAUAUUCAGCGAGCCCCCCCUCGAUGUAGGAGACCAGAUUAUUUACCAGCAAUACCUUGCCACAAAGCGACAACACGAAGACACAUCUCAACCUCGUGGCCAGGAAACCCUCGAGAAUGCCGCAGACGCUUUGGAUGACCGAUCUAGUUCGACCUCAUCCGAAGACUCAGAUGGUGAGCAGCAAGGUCGUGUUCUGAAUUUUUCGACUUCACUUGCCCAUGCAAAUCGAAACAAGCUUGCUGUCAGUGACGAAGACCUGGGUAUCAAUAUUCUACUUCGGCGCAAGAAUGUUUUCGACUACGACGUGCGUGGAAAGAAGGGGCGUGAGCGCAUGUUUCCUUAUGUCGCUCCCCGUAAGAAGGGAGACGAAUACGGCGAAUUCAUUCGAGCUGAAGAAUACUUGCGAGCAGAGGAGCGCGAGGAAAUCGAUAUGCAACAACGACGAACAGACGCAGAGACCAAGCUCGGCCAAAAGCGACGAUGGGAUGAGACUGCUGGUCCCGGUGGACGCAGGUUAUCGGGAGGCGCUGCGGGCCGCAAGCGCCAGCAGCUCAAGGACGGCGACAGGGCUGACUCUGGUGCAGAUGAUGACAUCAGUCUCGCUGAGGACGGCGAAGCUGGUGAUGUCGCUGCAUUCUCAGACGAUGAGGCAGACAGCCAGGCAUUCGAGGGCCCUGCUAAGGCUGUAUACACCAAACAAUCAAUCACCAUCAAUGCUCGUAUCGCCUUUGUGGACUUUAUGGGCUUGCAUGACAAGCGAAGUCUGGAAAUGUUGAUUCCUCUCAUCCAACCCCAAAAGCUGAUUCUCGUUGGCGGAAUGAAGGAUGAGACGUUGGCGCUUGCGAUCGAAUGCAAAAAACUCCUGGUUGCUAAAGCUGGUGUUGACUCAGCUGCUGAUACAGCAGCGAUCAUCUUUACUCCUGCCAACGGCGAACCCGUCGACGCAAGCGUUGAUACAAAUGCAUGGAUGGUCAAGCUCAGCAACACCCUUGUCCGACGUCUGAAAUGGCAGCACGUUCGCAGUCUUGGUGUGGUAGCAUUAACCGCCCAAUUACGAGGACCAGAGCCUCCCAUCGAGGGGGAAGCCGAUCCGGAGGCAACAGGCAAGAGAAUGAAGCUGGCGAACGAGCAGGCCUCCUCUGCGGUCAUUCCUAAGAGCGGGGACAAAUCCGACAUUUACCCUCUUCUUGAAACACUGCCUGUUACUAUGGCUGCCGGGACCAGAUCCAUGACCCGGCCAUUGCAUGUGGGUGACUUACGUCUGGCUGAUCUGCGUAAACUCAUGCAAGCAGCUGGCCACACUGCUGAGUUUAGGGGUGAGGGUACGCUGCUCAUCGAUAAAGCCGUGGCUGUCCGGAAAUCUGGAACUGGCAAGAUUGAGAUCGAAGCAUCCGCCCAGGCAACUGCCAACCAGGCAGCUCUAGGCCGAGAUGCUGGUAGCUUCCUUGCUGUUAAGAUGAAGAUCUACGAGGGACUUGCCAUCGUGACAGGAAGCUGA